AUGUGGGCAGCGGCCCCUCUGCUGCUCCUGCUCCUGCUGCCGCUGGCGCUGGCGCGGCGGUGGCGGCGCGGGGCGGCGCGGCUGGAGCCGGCCGGGCGGGCCGUGCUCAUCACGGGCUGUGACAGCGGCUUCGGGCACCUGCUGGCGCUCCGCCUGCACCGCCUGGGCUUCACCGUGUUCGCCGGCUGCCUCUGCCCCGGCGGGGACGGGGCGCGGCGGCUGCAGCGGGAGGCGGCGGCCGAGCCCGGCCGGCUGCGAGUCCUGCGGCUCGAUGUGACCCGCGCCCGCGACGUGCGGGAGGCCAAGGAGAUGGUGCUCAGCCACCUCCCCGAGAGAGGUUUCUGGGGGCUUGUCAACAAUGCAGGAAUAUCAACUUUUGGCGAGACAGGGUGGCUGCCUAUGGAGACAUACGAAAAAUUUGCAGAUGUGAAUCUCCUUGGGAGCAUCAGAACAACCCUGGAAUUUCUUCCCCUUCUAAGGAAAUACAAGGGACGUAUUGUUUUCAUGUCCAGCAUCAUCGCUUAUUUUACUCUGGGAAAUGGCAUUUAUUCCAUGACCAAGGCAGCAAUUGAAAAAUUCUGUGAUGCUCUAAGACUGGAAAUGAAGAAGUUUGGUGUCCAGGUCUGCAUUAUUCAGCCAGGAAAUUACGCGCGCUCCACGAGAAUCCAGCCACCGGUCAGCGCCGAGGAGAUCUGGAGCGAACUCAGCGAAGAGGAAAAGGCUGUUUACAACAAGGAGUACGUCCAGGAGCGGGCAGACUUUUUCAACAGCAUUCUCAGUGAAGGAAGCACAAAUGGCCACGAGGUUGUGGAUGCCAUGGUAGACGCUUUAACAUCUCCUGCACCCAAGGCACGUUACAUGGUGGCAAAGCUGAAGGAAAAGGCACUGGUGUUUGUGUGUGCUUUAUUCCCCACUGUUGUGAUGGAUUCUGUUUUGUCUUAUGCUCUGAGUAAAGUAAAACUUGCAUAGCCUACUUGGGUGAGGCAGUUUUCAAAAUGUGAAAUGCAGAGCUGAAUUUAAUGCCCCCAGGCAUUAUAAGGACACCGAUUAACCAGUACAAGCUUUGGAGGGUCUCCCUAGUCAAAACUGUCACUGAUUCACAGGGAAAAAAAUAUACAGCCCCCCCCCCCGUGUAAAAUUAAAUCAGUUGUCUAGGUAACUUUAUCUCUCCUGCGUGGAAAAAAAAAAGGCCACUUACACUGCUUUAGGUAUUGCCUAGAAACUUUAAUGCAGCUUUUUCUACUUCAAUAGCAGGGUGUUGUGUUACAGACACGAUGCAGACAAAACGGAGCACAUCCUACAGGGCAACUGUACGCCUGAAGUCAUCCCAGCAGAGAUGAAAAGACCUUAGUUGUAGAAACUUGAGCAGCCAUUUAUUUAGAGGUGAUAGGGAGAGAUUAUGGAAAAGUUAGGAAUGAGCAAUGGACCCUGAAAUACUUUGAAUGGAGUUAAGUGGCUGUAGCCAAAGUGUCAAAGCUCUGAGCAACCUGGUCUAGUGAAAUGUGUCCCUGCCUUUGGCAAGGGGGUUGGAAAUGGAUGAUCUUUAAGGUCCCUUCCAACCCAAACCAUUCUAUGAUACUAUGAAUGAUAAAGUUGUAACAUGGGAACACUGUCUUGGCUAACUACAGUUCAGUCCUUUUUCAGGUUGUUCUGAACAAAUCUGUAGCAAAGCCAAUAUAUCAAACACUUCGGAAAAUAAGUUGCAUAUUCUAUUUAUUUAUAAAUGAGUAUUUAAUCCUAAAUAAACUCUAUCUUUUAUCUGA